AUGUACUCGGACUACGCAGAGAGUCGUUCGACGGACUCCGACUUCGAUGACGAUGAACCAUUGGAGGCGAAGUUGCCGAGCAUUCGCAGCACCUUCGAAGGCAUGCAUCGUCUCGAGGGCCGCUUCAGCGAGGCAGAAGUAGCGUUCGACCGCGCUCUCAGAGCCGAGAUGACCGGCGCCGAAGCGGAUCAGUGGGAGGCCCGACGCACGCGUAGGGCUGCGCUGAGCGCCCUCAAGAGCGCUGCACAAGCAGUCGAGGACAAGCUGGCCGCCUCAUCAGCCGCAGUAGGAGCGCACGUCGCGUAUGCCAUGACGCGCAGCGUGAGCGCCAGUGCCGAGUGGGCAUACUACGACGGCGAAGCCUCCGACGCAGGCGGGCCUGCCUGGUGGGAGCGUCAGGGCACACUGGGCCCGACCGAAUCCUCCCAGGAGCUGCAGACUCCGCCUGCCCUCGCCACGGCCGACCACGCACCCAAGAUUCCGCUCAUGCGUCCGUGCGAGCUUCCUUCGCCUCCGUCGCCGGCACCCGCGAGCUCGAGCUCAGAGCUCUCGAGCGCCUCAAGCCUCGAGUACCUCUCCACGCGCAACACUCCGGACGUGGCGAGCGGCAGUGAAAGCAAUGACUCGGGCACGUCCCUGCUCCAGCGCAACACUGCGUCUCAUCUCGAGCACGUUGGCGCGUCCGAUGGUCCAGGUGAUGGUGCAGCAAGCAAGUCUAGUCAUGAGAGCGGUGCCGAACCUGCUGCGCCCAUCGACUCUCUCUCCCCGGCGCUCGACGUCGAUCAGUGGAUGCGUAUUCGAGCAUCGCGAGUGUACGUCGACGAGACGCCGAGCUCGACUGAGUAUCCGAGCCUGACGCGCAGGCGCACUCGUGAGCUCAAGCGUAUCUUUUCGCGCGACGCUUCGGAUGCGGCGAGCGGCAGCGAGAGCAGCGGCCGCGGCGCUCUCGUCGAUGAGAACGCUGCGGCACCCACCGAGUUCGAGCUGCAAGAGGAGCUUCGCCACGCCAAGCGUCUACGCACAUCUCCCCAUCUCAGCGGCGCACGGCUGGCCUCGCCCGUCGACAGCAUCUCCUCGUCGCUCGACCGCUGGAAACGCGAGCGCCUCUCGCGCGCGCGCGACGAGACGCCCAGCCCGGCCGAGUCCUCAAGCGCUGAGCCGAACAGGAAGCGCAGUGCUUUCAAUCUCGUCGUGCAUGCGCCAACGAGUUCAGGCAGCAGCAGCAGCGGCCACCCCUCGAUGUCGUAG